UAAAAAUCGAUUUAAAAUUGAAAAUACUCAGUCGUGUUUGAAACUUCGAAUCAUAAGGACGAAAUUUUCUUGUCUUGAGAAAAAGAGAAAAUAUAAUAAACAAUAAAAUGUCACAUUCAUUUGUUAUUUUAUUUGUUGUAUUGGUUGCAUCUGCAAUUACAAUAAAUGCACAACUUUGUGGAGAAAAUCAAGUUUGGGUUGAUUGUGGUUCUGGUUGUCCACCAAGAACUUGUGAAAAUCGAAAUAGUCCACCGCCUAGGAUAUGCCCUGCAGUCUGCAGAGUUGGCUGUUUUUGUGGUGCAGGCUACAUUCAACGAUCUCGAUCAGAUGACACAUGUGUACGAAUAAAAGAUUGUCCACCAAUUAGACAAUAGAUUUUUAAAAAAUUAUAUUUUUAUUAAAUUUUAAUUCUUAUAAAUGCGUAAUUUUAAUAAACUGAAAAUUAUAAUAAACUAAAAAUUAAAAUAAACUGAAAAUUAUACUGUAUUAUAAAAAUUAUAUAAUGAAUAAAAAGAAUGUAAACUACUAAAACUUACUGAAUAAAUUUUUUAAGUCGUUGCAUUGAA